CGCUCGCUGGCAGGAGGGAAGGCGAGUCGGACUGCGGUGAUAAACAAACACACGCAGCGGAGACGUUUGGCGUCUUGUGGAGGUCCGAAGCUCCUCUCCGACAGCGCCGACCGACUUGGCGGAGCUGACGCGACUCCAGCCCGGCGUUCCAGAGCGAAAAGCGGGAUUAAAAAGCCAGGACGGUAUCUUAAAACUCGGGUUUAUCCCCCGCCACUUCCCUCCCUCUCCCUCGGAGGCGGCUUAUGUGACACAUCAACGUCCCGGCGGCGAAACGAGCGAAACAUGACGGAGCUGAGGAAGCGAGGCGGAGGCGGAGACCCUGACAGCACCGAGAAUCUCAGCGACAAGGAGGCAGAUGGAGAUGACAGGUUGGGCCUGCAAGGUGAGGCAGACGGAGAAGGUGAUGGUGACUCCAAAGCGGACACUCCAGACAUCCCUCCCACCACAGAAACAGACGACACUCCACAAUGUCUCAACAAAGCUCUGGAGGGGCUGCCACCCAGAUGGAAGAACUACUGGGUCCGAGGGGUUUUGUCUCUGGCCAUGAUAUCAGGCUUCUUCCUCAUCAUCUACCUGGGACCUGUCACACUCAUACUUGUGGUCAUGACCGUCCAAAUCAAGUGUUUCCAAGAAAUCAUAACGAUCGGCUACAGAGUUUACCAUUCCUACGACCUCCCAUGGUUCAGGACACUAAGCUGGUACUUCCUGAUUUGUGUCAACUACUUCUUCUAUGGUGAAACAGUCGCUGAUUAUUUCGGGGCUCUGGUGCAGAGAGAGGAGCCGCUGCAGUUCCUGGCUCGCUACCACCGCUUCAUCUCCUUCGCUUUGUACCUCGCAGGUUUCUGCAUGUUUGUACUGAGUUUAGUGAAGAAACAUUACCGCCUGCAGUUUUAUAUGUUUGCUUGGACCCAUGUGACCCUGUUGAUUGUGGUAACUCAGUCCCACCUAGUCAUUCAGAACCUGUUUGAAGGAAUGAUCUGGUUCAUUGUCCCCAUUUCCAUUGUGAUCUGCAACGACAUCAUGGCCUACCUGUUUGGCUUCUUUUUCGGGAGAACUCCACUGAUAAAGCUCUCGCCCAAGAAGACCUGGGAGGGCUUCAUCGGAGGUUUCUUCUCCACUGUGGUCUUCGCCUUCGUCCUGGCCUACCUGCUGUCCCAGUUCCAGUACUUUGUGUGUCCCGCCGGUUACAACAGCGACACCAACCGGUUCACCAUCGAGUGUGAGCCGUCGGACAUCUUCGUGCUGCAGGAGUACACGCUGCCGGCUGUGAUCCAGAACACGCUGAGAUGGAAAACGGUGACCCUGUACCCGUUCCAGAUCCACAGCAUUUUCCUCUCGGCCUUCGCCUCUCUCAUCGGCCCGUUUGGCGGCUUCUUCGCCAGCGGCUUCAAGCGAGCCUUCAAAAUCAAGGACUUUGCCAACACCAUCCCCGGCCACGGCGGCAUCAUGGACCGCUUCGACUGUCAGUACCUGAUGGCCACCUUCACUCACGUCUACAUCGCCAGCUUCAUCAGGGGCCCGAACCCCAGCAAGGUCCUCCAGCAGCUUCUGGUGCUGCAGCCUGAACAGCAGCUCAGCAUCUUCCACUCGCUGCACUCCCACCUGAGAGAGAGGGGCAUGCUGCCCCCUGCUGCCGGCCGGCCCGAGUAACACACCCGCAGCCUCACAGGAUGAUGACUGCACUGUGUGCGCGCGCAUGUGUGUGUGUGUGUGUUUGUGCAUGUAUGUGUGGGUGUGAAAGAGAUUAGUCUGGGGAGUUUGUGUAUGCCUAUAUGUACACACAUGCUCACACGCACACACACACACACACACACUCAGACACGAGUUGUAUGGUAAAGCAUCAGAGCGUCCAUCGUCACCGACCUCGGCUCUCCAUUUGAUUUCCAACCAGCUCAUUACGAGCCGAGGUGACUCUCCCGACUGGAUUUACCUCUUAGCCAAAACAAACAAACAAAACAAAACAAAACAAAACAACAACAAAAAAAAAGGACCUUUGCGGACUUCAUUGCUUUCCACCGGGACCUGCGCAUCAAAAACAACCACGACGCGCUCCACGGGCAAACAGGCAGUCCCCAUCCUCAAAAAACUCACCGGCUGCUCUGAAGAAAAUGUCUUAGUGAACAAAACAGACUCUGAAGCACACGGUUUUUCUCGACGGCGGGCGGACUGUGAAUGUGCAACUUCCUUCUGGAUGGCAGACAUUGCACUGAUUUUAGCUGAACAGAAGGAAGACAGAAGCUUUUACCAGCAUAAAUGUUGGGCAUGUGGACUUGAGCUAUACAGCAAAGACUGUCACCAUUUGUCUCUCUGGGGAUCGGGGGAGGGCGGGGGGUCAGUGAAGUUGCAGUGGGGAUUUUCCAGAACACUUUAGACCCUGUGUUUUUUUUUUUUUCUUCUUCUUCUUUUUUAGACUACGCUCUAUUUAACGGUCUUAACCUCACCACGUAUCAAAUCAUGAAGCAUGUACUCGAGUCCUGUGUCGGGCUUCUGCUUGAACAAGGCCGUGUUUACUUUCCUCCUCCACGACGUGACCUAGGCUAGCUUUUAGUUUCUGUGUGUCCAAGUAACUCGCACAAUAAAAGCUUGACUGUAGGCAUGGAUAGCAGUCACUGUUAAUGCAGAAACUAGAGCAGCAGCGGCACAUGCCAAAACAACACUUUACAGUGCACUGUGUGUGUGUGUUUUCCUCAAGUUAUUAUUGUAUUACUGUACAUAAAUACACUGAUGAUAUUUAGCUGAAAAAAAAAAACUAAUAUAUUAAGAAAAACAUCUUAGGUGACCUGUUGAGGGGGGUGAAAGCUUCACUUUUAAGCUAUGAGAAGUGAUAUGCAAAAAAAAUAAUAAUAAUAAUAAUUAUGGGAUGUAACUCAUUUGUAGCCUCUAGCAUGAACAAACUGUAUGGGAUUUUUACCAGGUAGAGACUUAGAUCUGAUCUGAGGUCGCUGCUUAUUUUUUCGAGUGUGGUGGGUGACUUUUUACUUGAGAUUGUGAAAAAGAGACUGUGCUUCCUUCAUCCAGUUGAGCAAUGAUUUUAGUUGCACUGUAGCGGCGGGACGAGGCGGGGGGCGCUGCACCCACCAGACGGCUCCCACGGCUCCCACGUUCCUGGACUAAAUGUUUGUCAAACUUUAAAAAACAAAAAACAACAACAAAAA